CCUGUCCCAGCAGUGGCUCUUUCAGGUCUCCGGAGCUGUGCGUGCCCUGGUGCUGAGCUGCAGGUCCGGCUAGUUGCUAGAGGUGCCAGCAUGGAUGACCGUGACCCAGCCUCAGGCUGCCUGCACGAAAAAAAGAAGCUGCCAGCUUUCACCUGGGAAGUGAGGGCCAACAACAGAAGCUACCACAUGCAGUUCAAGAAGAAAUUUGCCUUCUGCUUGACCAAGAAGAAGUAUGCGGGCAAUGCCAUUAAGACAGCCAAGUACAACAUCCUGACCUUCCUGCCUCUGAAUCUUUACGAGCAGUUCCACCGAAUGGCCAACGUCUACUUUGUCUUUGUCAUCCUCUUACAGACUAUUCCUGAGAUCUCCACACUGCCCUGGUACACCCUGCUGUUCCCCCUGAGCUGUCUUCUCACCAUCCGGGCCCUACGAGACCUGAUCGAUGACAUUGGCCGUCACCAAAGUGACAGAAACAUCAACAACAGGCCAUGUGAAAUCCUGUCUGGGAAGAGCUUCCGCUGGCAGAAAUGGCGUGACAUCUGCGUUGGGGACAUCGUCUGCCUGCGCAAGGAAAGCUUCGUCCCAGCCGACAUGCUCUUGCUGUGCAGCUCUGAGCCCAGCAGCCUGUGCUACGUGGAGACCGCCGACAUCGAUGGGGAAACGAACCUGAAGUUCAGGCAGGCCCUUCCAGUCACCCACCGGGAGCUGACGAGCGAGGGCAGCGUGGCCGCCUUCGAUGGGAGAGUGACCUGUGAGGAGCCCAACAGCCGCAUGCACAGCUUCACUGGCACGCUGCAGUGGCGGGGUGAGACGUACUCAAUCGACAGUGAAAGGAUCUUGCUGCGAGGCUGCAAGCUUCGUAACACCGACUUUUGCUACGGCUUAGUUAUCUACGCAGGAUUUGAUUCCAAAAUUAUGAGGAACUGUGGAAAGAUCAAGCGGAAGAAAACCAAGCUGGACCGCAUGAUGGACCGGCUGGUGAUCAUAAUCUUCCUGGUGCUGUUGGCCAUGUCAUUGUGCCUCGCCAUUGCCUCCGGGUUCUGGGCCAAGACGUUUCAGGAGAAGCACACCUACCUCUCUGCUCUCUACAAACACACCGCUCCUGCCAAGCAGGCCUUCUUCAGCUUCUGGGGCUUCGCAAUCCUCCUGAGCAUCAUCAUACCCAUGUCCAUGUAUAUAACGUUUGAAUUCAUCUAUCUGGUGAACAGCUUCUUUAUCAACUGGGACUUGGAAAUGUAUUAUGCUGUCAAGGACAUUCCAGCAAAGGCCAGAAGCACCAGCCUCAAUGACCAGCUUGGCCAAAUUGAAUACAUCUUCUCGGACAAGACUGGCACCUUGACACAAAAUAUUAUGAGCUUCAAGAAAUGCUGCAUCAAUGGGACUGUCUAUGGCUUGAGCACAGGCCGUGAGAACAAACAGCCAUCGGGGUCGGGGCUGACCUGGAGCCACCGUGGGGAGAAGACGUUGGACUCCAACACUGUGGCACUCCUGGAAGCUGCCCGGCAGGACAGCGACCCUGUGCUGAGGGAGUUCCUGCGGCUGCUGGCCCUCUGCCACACUGUCAUGGUGGAGGAGAGGGGCGACCAGCUGGUUUAUCAGGCGGCUUCACCCGAUGAAGAAGCGCUGGUGCUGGCAGCCAGGGACUUGGGGUAUGUCUUUCUGUCCCGAACACAAGACACCAUCACCAUCAGUGAGCUGGGGGUGAAGAGGACCUACAAAGUGCUGGCCAUGCUGGACUUCAACAGUGAUCGCAAGAGGAUGUCUGUCCUGGUGCGAGACCCCCAGGGCACAAUCCGGCUCUACACCAAGGGGGCUGACACCGUGAUCCUGGAGCGACUGCGCAGCCGAGGGCCCAGUGAGACCUUCACCGAGAGGGCACUGGAUCGCUUUGCAGAGGAGACCCUGAGGACUUUAUGCCUGGCCAGCAAGGUGGUGAGCGAGGCCGAGUACUGCGAGUGGAGCCGGAGGCACCAGGAGGCCAGCAUCCUGCUGCAGGACCGCGCGUGGCAGCUGGACAGCCUGCAUGAGGAGAUGGAGCAGAACCUGGAGCUGCUUGGGGUCACAGCCAUUGAGGACAAGUUGCAAGAUGGAGUUCCUGAGACCAUCCAGCUGCUGAAACUGGGCAACAUUAAAGUGUGGGUGCUGACUGGAGACAAACAAGAGACAGCAAUGAACAUCGGCUAUGCGUGCAAGCUGCUCACGGAUGACAUGGAGAUCCUGGAGGAGAAGGAAGUAAGCGAGAUCCUCGAGGCUCACUGGGUGGGAAACAGCCUCAGCAGCAGCAGGAAAGCCCCGGAUAGUGGCCGCCUCUCCCAGCAGCACCCAGGGACUUCUUGCCACAAGAAGAGAGCUCUCGUCAUCAGUGGGGACUUCCUGGACAAAAUCCUCCACACGGGAGAGGUGCUGAUGAAGGAGGAGGGGUGGCUGUGGCAGAGGCUGCCUUGCCGUGGGGCCACGGACUCGCAGGCGCAGGGCAGCCUGGUGGAGAAGGCCUUCGUGGACCUGGCCACCAGCUGCCAGGCCGUGAUCUGCUGCAGGGUCACCCCCAAGCAGAAGGCCCUCAUCGUGCAGCUGGUGAAGAAGCACAAGAAGGCCACCACGCUGGCCAUCGGGGAUGGCGCCAACGAUGUCAACAUGAUCAAAACUGCUGACAUUGGGGUGGGCAUCAGCGGGCUGGAGGGCAUGCAAGCCGUGCAGUGCAGCGACUACGCCCUGGCGCAGUUCUCCUACCUGCAGCGCCUUCUGCUCGUCCACGGCCGCUGGGCCUACCUCCGCAUCUGCAAGUUCCUCCGCUACUUCUUCUACAAGACUUUUGCCGGUCUCAUGGCCCAGGUCUGGUUCGCUUUCCACAGCGGAUUCACGGCUCAGCCUCUGUAUGAGGGCUGGUUCCUUGCGCUCUACAACGUCUUCUACACUGCCCACCCAGUGCUUUCUGUGGGCCUUUUGGAGCAGGACGUGAGUGCCAAGAAGAGCCUGGAGUUCCCUGAGCUCUAUGCCAUCGGGCAGCAAGACGAGCUCUUCAACUACCGCAUUUUUGGCGUGACGCUCCUGCAUGGCAUAAGCACCUCGCUCGCCAGCUUCUACAUCGCGCUCUGGGCCUUUGAGGACUGUGUUGGCAGCAAGGUUGUGGGUGACUACGAGUCCUUUUCGGUCACGGUGGCCACCUCGGCUUUGCUGUCAGUCCUGGUGGAGAUCAUCCUGGACAUCAAGCACUGGACGGCGUUGUCCUUCCUGAUGGUCACAGCCAGCCUGCUGCUCUUCUGCCUCUUCUCCUACCUGACGCAGAGCAUCGAAGCCUUCAGGAUAGCCCCUGCCAUCUUCCGCUUCCCAGAUGCGAGCCAGAACGCCCUGACCGACCCCUAUGUCCUGCUCGUGGUCCUGCUGUCCCUGGUGGUGAACACCGUUCCCUCGCUCACCGUCCGCUCGUACCACGCCAUCACGGGCAGACACAGCAUCCAGCAGAAGAUCUGCUCGAAGGCCAGGCGUGAGCCGGAACCCUCGGUGGAGCUGCGCACCCAUGUCUACCGUGGCUCCUUCCGCCGCCGUUCCAGCUACGCCUUCUCCCACCAGGAGGGCUACGCCGGUCUCAUCACCCGUGGGGACAGCCUGCGCACCAAGGGCACCCGUGCCACCGGGGGUCUCCAUCCCCAGGGAACAGCCCUGCCUUUACCCUCCUGCCAUGGCCCCUCGGCAUAG